CCAGCAAAGCUUCGCUGCAUGAAAUUGUACCUUAAAGAACAAACCUGAACAAACCUUUUAUGUGUCGCGUCCUAAACAUAACCUUUAAUCUAAUAUAACUUAACCUAAUUAAAAACAAUUUAAUAAGAAAACUGCAAAUAAACUGUUAAGUAUUUUGUAAAAUUUCGGUUCAAGUACUUAUAGUUUUAAUCAAAACGAGAUGGGCCGACGUAAGAGCAAGCGAAAACCACCUAGCAAAAAGAAAGCUAUUCAACCGUUGGACACGCAAUUCAAUUGUCCAUUUUGCAAUCACGAGAAAUCGUGUGAGGUUAAGAUGGACAAGUCAAGGAGUACUGCCAGGAUAACCUGCAGAGUGUGCUUGGAAGAUUUUCAGACUACGAUAAAUUUACUAUCAGAACCUUUAGAUGUGUACAAUGACUGGAUUGAUGCUUGUGAGAGUGCCAAUUAAAGAUUUUAUCAAUUAUUGCAUUUA